UCUUUAUAAUGAACCAAGACCAACUAUAAUCAGUCUUUAUAAUGAACCAAGACCAACUAUAAUCAGUCUUUAUAAUGAACCAAGACCAACUAUAACCAGUCUGUAUAAUGAACCAAGACCAACUAUAAUCAGUCUUAAUAAUGAACCAACACCAACUAUAAUCAGUCUUAAUAAUGAGCCAAGACCAACUAUAAUCAGUCUUAAUAAUGAACCAACACCAACUAUAAUCAGUCUUAAUAUUGAACCAAGAUCAACUAUAAUCAGUCUUUAUAAUGAACCAAGACCAACUAUAAUCAGUCUUUAUAAUGAACCAAGAUCAACUAUAAUCAGUCUUUAUAAUGAACCAAGACCAACUAUAAUCAGUCUUUAUAAUGAACCAAGAUCAACUAUAAUCAGUCUUUAUAAUGAACCAAGACCAACUAUAAUCAGUCUUUAUAAUGAACCAAGACCAACUAUAAUCAGUCUUUAUAAUGAACCAAGACCAACUAUAAUCAGUCUUUAUAAUGAACCAAGACCAACUAUAAUCAGUCUUUAUAAUGAACCAAGAUCAACUAUAAUCAGUCUUCAUAAUGAACCAAGACCAACUAUAAUCAGUCUUUAUAAUGAACCAAGAUCAACUAUAAUCAGUCUUUAUAAUGAACCAAGACCAACUAUAAUCAGUCUUUAUAAUGAACCAAGAUCAACUAUAAUCAGUCUUUAUAAUGAACCAAGACCAACUAUAAUCAGUCUUUAUAAUGAACCAAGAUCAACUAUAAUCAGUCUUUAUAAUGAACCAAGACCAACUAUAUUCAGUCUUUAUAAUGAACCAAGACCAACUAUAAUCAGUCUUCAUAAUGAGCCAAGAUCAACUAUAAUCAGUCUUUAUAAUGAACCAAGAUCAACUAUAAUCAGUCUUUAUAAUGAACCAAGACCAACUAUAAUCAGUCUUUAUAAUGAACCAAGACCAACUAUAAUCAGUCUUUAUAAUGAACCAAGAUCAACUAUAAUCAGUCUUUAUAAUGAACCAAGACCAACUAUAUUCAGUCUUUAUAAUGAACCAAGACCAACUAUAAUCAGUCUUCAUAAUGAGCCAAGAUCAACUAUAAUCAGUCUUUAUAAUGAACCAAGAUCAACUAUAAUCAGUCUUUAUAAUGAACCAAGACCAACUAUAAUCAGUCUUUAUAAUGAACCAAGAUCAACUAUAAUCAGUCUUUAUAAUGAACCAACACCAACUAUAAUCAGUCUUAAUAAUGAACCAAGACCAACUAUAAUCAGUCUUCAUAAUGAACCAAGACCAACUAUAAUCAGUCUUUAUAAUGAACCAACACCAACUAUAAUCAGUCUUCAUAAUGAACCAAGACCAACUAUAAUCAGUCUUUAUAAUGAACCAACACCAACUAUAAUCAGUCUUCAUAAUGAACCAAGACCAACUAUAAUCAGUCUUUAUAAUGAACCAAGAUCAACUAUAAUCAGUCUUUAUAAUGAACCAAGACCAACUAUAAUCAGUCUUUAUAAUGAACCAAGAUCAACUAUAAUCAGUCUUUAUAAUGAACCAAGACCAACUAUAACCAGUCUGUAUAAUGAACCAAGACCAACUAUAAUCAGUCUUAAUAAUGAACCAAGACCAACUAUAAUCAGUCUUUAUAAUGAACCAAGAUCAACUAUAAUCAGUCUUUAUAAUGAACCAAGACCAACUAUAAUCAGUCUUUAUAAUGAACCAAGAUCAACUAUAAUCAGUCUUUAUAAUGAACCAAGACCAACUAUAAUCAGUCUUUAUAAUGAACCAAGACCAACUAUAAUCAGUCUUUAUAAUGAACCAAGACCAACUAUAAUCAGUCUUUAUAAUGAACUAGAACAUGCCUGA